GAGGAGAGUGGCGAUGGCUCCCUGUAUCAGAUGGAACUUGUUGGUGCUGGUGAUGAGUGUCUUUAUCGUCGAGGGCCGCGCCAGGAGCCUGCAGAAUCCUGUUAGCUCCACACUGCCAGAGGAAAACACCGCCGCCCUGGGCAACCUUCUGGCUAAGGUGGUGGGACAGGAACUGGACGGCUGUUAUCUGGUGGUGAUUACUGCCGGGGUACAUCAAACCAGCAACGUCUUCACCCCCAUCGUCAGGUCGCUAGCUAAAGGUUACCUGCCCGGGGUAUUGGUAGACGUGUCCCUGACCACACCUGGGAGACACUCACCUCUUCUUCACCAUCUUCGGAAGGGUGAUGGCAGAUUCUCAUGUCGGGUGUACCUACUGGACCUCAUCUCUUCAAACUCUAUGGCAAAUGAGAACAGCGAUCUACUUAGGUGA